AUGGAACUUCACACAGAAUGGGCUCAAUUAUACAAACAGCUACCACUGCUCAACAAUGCAGUGUUCCAUAGGAAAACAGUAAUAAAUUCUCCAGUUAAGACAGAGCUACAGGGAUUCUGUGAUGCUAGUGAGAAGGCCUACCGAGCAUGUCUCUACGUCCGUUUGAUAGACACGAACGGCCGCAUACACGUAGAGCUUCUCCUAGCAAAAUCCAAAGUAGCACCGUUAAAAACUCAGACUAUUCCGCGACUCGAACUCUGUGGUGCAGUACUUCUAACCUCAUUGGUUGCCACAGCAAAAAGGGGGUUUCAUGUAGCAAUAGACAGCACCACCUUCUGGACCAAUUCCAGCAUCGUUAUUCAUUGGUUACAAGCAUCACCUCACAAAUUGAAAACAUUCGUCGCGAACAGGCUAUCUGAGAUCCAGACGAAAACGAACAUCAAGGAUUGGCGACAUGUUUCAACAUCGGACAACCCCGCAGAUCUCAUUUCGCGAGGCCAAAGCCCACAAGAGUUCCUCCAACCAUCCAUCUGGCAUCACGGACUAGGAUGGCUCAAAACGAAAGAAUCCGUGUAG